AUAGGCUGUCCAGCUGACGAGCGGCUACCGAAGGUCUGGCAGCACGUUAUAGAGUACACGUGUCUUCUUGGUGUGUGCGACAUUAAGGUUGUAUUGUUCAAUAUAGCCAAAAUAGACAUUGACAUGUAGCAAAGAUCUCAAAAUCUAAAAGCUGGCGUGGGAAUGACAUCAACAAAAGUUAAAACGGAAGGUUUAUGUUCGUGGCAAUGCCGGGAUCACAGGCACAGGAAGACUUGCCCUGACAUGUUCUGUAGAAUAGGCCGAACUCUUAAGGCUCUGAUUUGGCAUGGCCGGGAAUAAAUUCCCACAUCAGCUCUUUCCCAGUUUUUACAACACCGGGCCUCCGAACGCAAAAUCUAAUGUCACUGUUGGAAGCUUGGGACUCUACAAUCAGGCGUAUGUAGUCGACCACUGUCUGUCUGAGAAUGGUCCCGGGCAGUUGGCUGACUGGAAGUUUGAUACACAGUACAAAGUGAAGGGAGAGACAUGGAAGGCAGUUGAAUCUAUUCCGAUUCCUUUGAUGACACCGAAUAAAGUACACACGAUUGCUUCAGGUCAUGUCCCAUCUGCAUCUGACUUCCCAGAACAUAUGCAGAACUUUUACUUGGAUAACUAUGAGGAUGCCUUCAGCACAAUGAGCAGUGUUCUUGGAGAACACUUUACUUUCGGGGAGAGAAGGAUGACGGCAUCUGCAAAGAAGAAAACCGUCCGCAUGAAUAAGCUGAAACGUUUUUUAAGUACAGUGAAUUAUAUAAAGUGCCCUUUGAGAUACUAUGGAAAGGGAGCCAGAAGCUACAAUAACCUGCUUGGCGAUGUCAUCCAUGAAAUUCCCCCUGUACUUUUGGCUGAACUCCUCCGCGAGGAGUUGCUGCUGCAGAAGGAACGUGCGCAGUUUAAUGAAGUGGCCACCGGGGGUGCUCUAGGCUAUUUUCCGGUCAGGCUCUCUGACAGCUCUCAGGAGGGCUGUCUCGUGUUUCCAGAGGAAGCCUCCCUCAAGUUCCAUAAGGUGGUGCUGGAGUUCGACAGAGAUAAGGUUCCCCGGCUCAGCAUGAGUAAUGCUCAGCCUUUCGUCAUGAAGCUCAGUGGCGCAGUACGACAGAUCAGUGUUGGCAGCAUGCAAGAUAGUGUCCAUGUGGGGGUACGCUCAGAUUACCACUGUGGGGUCUGGGAGGCCUGUCCCAUUAAGAGAGUGAGACCACUGGAGGUCGUUCGAACGGAGCAGGUUGCCACAUGCAUCUGCGUCAGUCCCCAUAUCCCAGGAGAGCUGCUGGUAACAACUGAGAAUGGUGCUGCCUAUCUCUGGACUGUAGGAGCAGGCUUGUCAAAAUUCCGUGAAGAGGAGGAAAACCUGUACUUUAACGCCCAGUCAUCUUGGCGAUGGUGCGACUUCUCUGCCCACCCAAAAGUGAUGCAGUACACGGACAGAACUGGAGUGGAGCUUACAGACACCAGGUCCUCAGAUAAGUGCAGCUACACUCUGUUUCGCAUUGGCGAAACUCCAAACUGUAGGAGUGGGGAGAGGGUGAUCUUGUCCAAGUACCUGUAUGACGUCAAUGCUUAUCACCACCUUGUCACCACCCAGCAUUCUGUUUACAUCAUAGACGAGCGCUUUCCUUGUCUGCCCAUGCUCAAGUGGGACCACAUGAUGAUGGAUCCACCCCUGUUUGCCCAAGUCCUGCCUGGCUUUCCACAAGGCAGAACUAACAAGAUACUACUGGGUUCCCAGCGAUCCCAGGAGCUAAUGUUCCUGCAGUAUUCUGGUGGCGGAGAGGCUGCCUGCCGUUCUCUGGGGCCUCCUUUGAAACUGUCCCGCCCGGCUGACAGUCUGGGCCACCUCCAAGUCCAUGUCCCCCACAGGCAGCAGAAGGCACAGGAGAGGCUGCUGGAGCCUGCCGCCGGUUUUACUGCCAUACACCACAAGGGUGAAGAGUGCCUGUGUGUGCUGCAGCUCUCUGAGACUGGGGACAUUUUUUACCAAACUCUGAUGCUCCAAACCGACCAGGACAGCGCAGACACACAACAACCGAGGAAUUCCACAGGGGGAGAUGAGGAACACAGUGUUACCACAAAACUCAAGAAUGCUUUGCGCAACAGUAGACGAAGUUCUGAAGAUGUAUCUUUGAGUAAGGGAGUUGGAACUUCUUGCUGUGAAGUGGAGGUUAAUAGCAAUGAUGAGGAUUUGGCUACGGUGUCCAACACUGAGAUGCAGGAUAUGGAUGGAUGUUCUGUCACUCAGACAGGCUUGAGUCUCAGUCAAGACCCGAUGAAGCCGCACAUGGUCAGCAAGGAGGUUUUGUCAAAGUGGGACCGGUGGCUGAAGGCUCUUUUCGAGAGUCCGAGGCCCACCUCAGAACAAAUCCUGUCCCAUUGGACCAUAAAAACCGAAGGCCUCAUCUCUUGUCAAGCACUCAGGAGAAACCCUCUAGAGGAAGACCAGCUCCAGAGACUGAGAAAAGACUUGGAACAGUCAAUGAAUAAGAUGGAUGUGGUUGUCCAUGGUGUCACUUACCUGAGGCCUCUCGAGGUGGUCCCAUUGCCUGACCUGGUAGUGCCCGCCGACUGGACUGACGAUUUAAGUGAGAGGCUGUCAGUGUCCUGGGGGGGACAUUGGAAGAGCUGGUGGGAGGAUAAGCUAGGGAUGAACCGCAUGGAAAAGGUGGCGGCUCUGCGUAGAAGGCGCCAACGGCAGAAACGGGCCAAGGCUCACCACCGCGUCGCACUUUCGGAGAGCUUCGCCUCAUCUGUCAGCUACCAGUCUGACCUGGACGACCUCUCGGGCUGGUCCUCAGGCCAGAACAGUCAGGGCGCCUAUUCGGACGUGGAGAGCAUCUCCACUAAUCUCUCCAUACCCGAUGCCUUUCCAGAGCCUGAAAGAGGAAACGUGCUGACCCAAGAGAACAGGCCACUUGCUACUCUAGAGAAGGAGGACGGCCCUUCUGCCCAAUUAAAGCUGGCAUCCAGGAAAACGAAGCAGCCGGAGCAGGACUACCUCAGCUCGUUGUUUGGGUCUCAGGGGCUGCCGGAAAUGCACGAGGAGAGCGGGCUGCAGCUGCUGACACCUUUCUCUCAAGGGUCCAGCAUUUCCUUGUCCCAGAGGAAUCCCUGUGUGGUUGCGUCUAACAAGGGUUCCCUGUCCGUGCAGCCCAGAAAGAAAAGGCCACGAAUGGGCUUCUGAAUGCUGAAGGAUGGAUCAUUGGGAUGCCUUUGAAUACACUGGGAAAUUUCAAGCAUAUCUACAGACUGGAUGGCUUCAAUCUCCUGGGCAAGGAGGGCCAGUGCUAGCACUGAUGGCUGAAAGAAGAACAGGGAUGUGCAUGAGAUCAACAACAAUGCAUCUGUCUGUGUACUCAUUUAAAAAGCAUGUGGAUGCAAAUGGAGAAUUUGGACAAAUUGGUUCUUACUUUGGCUUUUGAGAAAACGAUUCGACAAAGGCAGGCUUUUAGCUGGACUUCCAGUUUGUCGAGGCUCAGAUGGGGUUUCCUUCAAAAACAAAAGGGUGAAGAAUUUCAGGGCCUAAUCAUAGAACCCUUGAGAUUGUACAUAAAGAAGAAAUGUAUAACAAGGUUGCGCAACAACUGGAGCAAGACGUUAAGCAAUGAUUAAGGGUCUGCAACACAAGCAUCUUAUCUUAAAAGUUCUGUGUUUGUGUGCCAGUAGAUUAGACUAGUGUCACAUAAGCCAUUACAUCAUGACUACCCACAUAUGGAGCACUGUUCAGAGUUAACCUACGGCCAUUAAGCAUGUAUUAUAGCCUUGAUUAAAUACAUAAUACUUGUUAGAAAAGUAUCAGAGAUUUUUACCCAAAUAAGGUUUCAAAGUGAACUUACCUUUCUGAAGUAUGUAAGAGGGUUAUUUCAUGAUAAAGGUGCAAAAAGGUAAAGGCUGUGACCGCUUUGCACUGAAAGUUCAGUUUUUCUGAAAUGAUCUUCUCCAUUCGGUUGAGGUCUGAAAUGGUGAACUUGCAUUGGCUGAUACGAAUAAGGUCAUGGGAGGAUGAAAUGUUGCACUCCUCCUCAACCAGCUUAGCUGCAAUGUGGAGACAGCUGAUGGCGAUGCAGGAUAAGUGCUUGGGUUGGAUCUGGAGAGGGGGAAAAAAAGAAAAAGGAAUAAAUGCUCAUUCCACCCAAUUUAUUUUUGUUGUCCAAACUAGUAGGUAGCCCACAACUUAGUUAUCAAGAAACUAAACUGCCCGAACAGCACAUUCAGAAAGGUAAUGUUAAGAUUGUGUUCAUGACAUUGUGUGCUUUUAUCAUAAGUUUAAAAAAUAAAUAUCAAUAAAUAAAUGUCACUGUAGAACUGGGGGGGAGGGGGGCUGAAUACUUAAAUUUGAGGUUCACUUUGCAGGGAAUUAAUGUCUACUUGGUAGCAUUGUGUUGCAGUGAUAAAGGUUAAUUGAUUAAAACUCAUAAAAAUAAGUUACCUUCAUCAUGGCCAGGAACCUAUCCAGCAGGUUGACGGCCUGCACAAAGGUCUGUGUACUAUAACCAAAAAAACUGGUGAGGCUCCAAAGAUCUUCAACUUUGGCAUCCCUGCAUUUUGCUGAGAUUUGUUUGUCAUUCUGUAGGGGAUACAGAAAAAUAUACUUGGAUGUCAGAGAACAUUUAAAAUGUGUACAUGGACAAAAAAAAUGACAUAGAAUUCCUGUAUAAUUAUCAAAUCCCCACCUGUUUAUAUAGAAAGUGAAACGAGUAAAAGCAUAUUGUUCGAGAGAACAACCCGGCUCUAGCUUCCAGCUGUACAAAGGCACAAGAAUCCAAGGCAAAUUCUUGGCAGAGAAGCAGAAGUACUGUCCUAAUUAAGGCUUAGUCGAAAUGUGUAGGCUUUUUAUGUAAACAAACAAGUUUUUUUUUUUUUUUUUUUAAAGGUCCACUAUGAACAAGUCUAGCGUAUCCUGUUCAUUCCGAUGACCAUUGGCUAUUUAUUGCUGUCUUAGGGUGGGGGGACUGAUGGUACCGACAUGGUCAAAGGCCGCUUUAUAAUUAGGUUACCUCAAGAGUAGUCUCCAGCAGGUUCAGCCCCUUCUCCCUCGGCAGAUAGAUCGACUCUUGUUCGAAAUUUGUCUUCAGUUCCCUCAUAAGUUUAAAGGCUUCCAUGUCUCUAAAAUGCAACGUCUCCCGUUUUCUUCAACAAUAAAAAAGAUUGAAAUUAGUACAUGUUGGUAUGCCCUACAAUCAUUCGCUAGCUGUGUAGAGGGGAAAGGUUUAUAACCCAACCCCCUUUCUCAGCAGGGAAUUGGUGUUAGGUUUCGUUAGCUAACGCCUAACAAAAUAUUAAGUCCGUUGUCCAAUUCGUUUACGUUACAUGAAAAUGUUCAUCAAAUACGAUUUAACGUUUGUUUUCGAAACCAGGAUAAGAAAUCAACUGAGCGAG